AUGUCCUUGCAGUAUUCCCCCCUUUCUCGAACCCUAAUAUUCCAACCGGGACGGAUGGUACUGAGCGACAAUGCCCUGCAUGCGCUUUUUACUCACUGGUUUGAAUUUUUAAGCACUAUAAUUAGCCCGUCGGUUGUUUUGCGCCGCGAUUCGCCCCAAAAUAUUCUUCGAAAAUGCAUCCAAGCUGCUACGGGACUUGGUUACCCCCCGCCCCAUGUUGUUGACCAACUGGUGUCGGGAGUGGACAUCUUCGACUUGUCUGGCCCUUCGACCACAAGCCAACCCGUUCAAGCUAUCGGCAACGGGAUUCGCGAUCUUCUUCAAGGCAGUGCUCAUGUUCUGCUAGAGGACGGAUCCAUUUUCCGCCCUCUAUUGCCUGACAUGGGUGUGGCCAUUACUACGUUGCCCAAUGAAGGGGAUCUUGUGUGCGUCCUUAGAGGCGCACUUGACCCCUCAAUUUUACGCAGGAUUGAAGGAAGCAGCUCUCCGGACGACUUCCGGGUCGUGGGCGGCAGCUACGGGCGGAUUUUUCCAGACUUGCUCGAUAUAGUUGAGGAGUGCUUUCUGGGGAGGUUGAGAGGGAUUUCAAUCUUUGGUAAUUGUUUUGGCGCAUUUUGGGGGUUUUUUAAUCUGUCGGUUUUUUGUAUUCACGUUUAUGUAGCGGAUUUUUGUUUGCGGUCUGGACACUGGUUGGCUCAAGGUGCCCUUGAGCUGCAAGAUGAGGAAACCUAG